AUGAAGCGUUCGUUGAGUUCGGAGGGGGGCGCUUCCAAGCGUGACUGGAAGAUGAGGCUAAGCCUCCGGCACCGGACCAGUCGCAGCGUGGAUGCGAUGCGCGGGAGGCGAAGCGCGUCGCUCCGGUCGGCGGCUACGUCGCACCGCGCUGACGAGUCAGGUCGUAGCACCCCAUCUGCUCCGCACCGCGCCUUGCCCUCCCCAGCUGACACCCCCGUACCAAAGAAAUCUAAUUGGGAAGUCAUCGAACAUUUUUCUUCCAAUCGGAAUAAGAACAGUCCCACUUCAGUGGAAGCUGAAGGCGGUGUCGUCUCUUCGACCCCAGCGCUUCCACUAUGCCCGACUGGGAAACCGGAUGUUGACGCGCAACCGUUGCUUUGUGAAGUUCCACGGAUCGAGCUGAGUGGUGGGACAGGCGAAACUAAUAAUGACGGCGGCGAAGACAAGAAAGAUUGUUGGAGUCAAUGCCUUAAAGGCUGCCCCUCAUACAUACGUUAUAUUUGUGAGACACACAGAUUUGAAAACCUCAACGUCGAAAUGCUAUACCAGCGCUAUUUUCUGCGCAUGAACCAAACGAAUAUGGCACACUUAAUCGGACUAUUACUGGUGGUCGCCGUGAUGCUGUCGUCCGUAGAAAUUAAGACACUACUCAUAGCACAAGGCUUUCUUGCCGACCUCUUACCCUUCACUAUUUCGAAAAUACUGGAUACAGAACAAAAAGAUGAAUCCGAUGAAUUGCAAGAAACAACGCCGUCUACGACGAUGAGCUAUCAGGACCUCAUGAGACAAAACUCGAUGAGAAUCAAACAAUCAUACUACGAGAAAGAGCGUCUCGUUCACAUGGUUAAUACUAUUAUCCUCGGAAUUGUCGCACUAAUUUAUACCUGCUUACUGGCAUGCUUGAGCCGACCAGCUAUCAACGAGAUUUACCUGCUAACGAUCUCAUACGUUGUACUCAUCACAUUUCUGCUGAUUGAGUGCUCAUUUGCUGGAACUGCUGUCGUAAGAUCCCUGGACUUAAGCUGCGGAACUUGUGCAUUGUUUACGUAUCUUACCUAUGCAACACUACCCCUGAGACUACACGAGGCGACAUUGGGCGGCGUUGCACUUGCGGCAAUUAAUAUCGGAGCACAGCUAAUAAUGAACAGGGCUACGGCUGCCCAGAUUCUGUCAAACUUGGUAACAUUGAUUGCCUGCAACGUAGCUGGUAUCAUGACUCACCAUUCCCGUGAACUUGCCCAACGUCGCGCUUUCCUGGAGACAAGGGACUGCGUUGAAGCUCGCCUGAUCACGCAGCGAGAAAAUCAACAACAAGAACGAUUACUGCUCUCGGUUCUACCUCGCCACGUCGCCAUGGAGAUGAAAGCGGACAUUGCCAACCAACCUCGUCAGGAGCAAUUUCACAAAAUUUAUAUUCAAAGAUACGAGAAUGUGAGCAUCCUGUUUGCGGAUAUCUGCGGCUUCACAUCUCUUUCAGACCAGUGCACUGCUGAGGAACUCGUUCGCUUGCUCAACGAACUUUUCGCUAGAUUUGACCGGCUAGCAGCUGAGCAUCAUUGCCUCCGUAUUAAGCUGUUAGGCGACUGCUAUUACUGCGUAUCUGGUCUACCUGAGGCUCGCGAUGAUCACGCCAAGUGCUGUGUGGAGAUGGGACUUGACAUGAUUGAUGCGAUUGCGCUCGUACGCGAGGUAAUGGCAGUGAAUGUAAACAUGCGCGUAGGCAUUCACACUGGACGCGUACACUGCGUCGUGCUCGGCCUGCGCAAGUGGCAGUUCGAUGUGUGGUCCAACGAUGUUACACUCGCAAAUCACAUGGAAAGCGGUGGUGUUGCAGGACGUGUCCAUAUCACAAAGGAAACGCUUAAUUGCCUCGGUGAUGAUUACAAAGUCGAACCUGGAAAUGGAGACCUCCGCAACGCCUAUCUGAAGGACCAUAACAUUGAAACCUACCUCAUAGUGCCCGAUGAUACUAGCCGCGUAGACAAGAAACCACAACACUCAUUCGCGCUCAAUGCCAACGUGUCAAAGGAGAUGCGUGUAAUGGGUCAUGGUUCACAGCACGGAAAGCAUUCCUCAAAGAUCGGUUCCGAUGCAAACAAUGAAAAUAAAAAUCCAGAGGAUGAAGUGAACGAGUACUUGAUGAAAGCAAUUGAUGCGCGUUCAAUCGACCGUCUCCGCGCGGAACACUGCAAACCGUUCACGCUUAUCUUCCGAGACAAAAAACUGGAACGUAAGUAUAUUGCCGAGAGGGAUAGAAUGCUAAAUGUCUACUUCAUCUGCUCCGUGAUUAUAUUCUUCGCCGUGACUAUUGUUCAACUAUUGGUCUUCGAAAUCAACGCAGCUGUCAUGUUCACGAUGUUUAUCUGCGGAGUUGUCAUCUGCACCAUUACGUAUAUGGUCCUCAGCAUUAAUUAUGAGGUCGCAGGACCUUGGGUAAAACGAUUCACAGCCACCGUACACAACAAUCGUACGUUCGCUCAACUGGUGUCAUUCAUCUCAGUGGGAGCUGUCAUCAUUCAAAUUAAGAUUGUUAUGGGUAUUUACUUGGUCUUGUCUCAAGUCUCGCACUUAUCAACGGACAAAACUGCGUAUUGCCCACCUGUUAUGAAUGAGCAUUACCUGCAGUUGAUACUGUUGGCGAUGUUCCUGUGCGCCGCGCACCAAAUCUUCAUAACGAUUAUAAAGACAAUCAUUCUGUUCGUUAUUAGCGCAACAUAUAUUACCGUCACUCUUCAAAGAUACUUCUACUAUCAAGAUCAUUAUAACAAGUUUCAGCACUCAUGCGAAUUGGAUUGGAAUCAACAAUGGACAAAUGUUGUGGUGGCUCUAGGUGCACUCGUAGCCCUAAUUUUACACUCGCAGCAAACUGAAAGUACAUACCGCCUUGACUUCAUAUGGAAACUGCAAGCUACCGAUGAAAAAGAGGAUAUGGAGCACCUUGAAGCAUACAACCGAAAGCUACUCGCUAAUAUACUGCCAGAACACGUGGCCCAACACUUCCUGUGCAGCGAUAAAAAUAUUGAUGAGUUGUACCACGAACAAUGCGAGUCUGUGUGCGUGAUGUUUGCUUCAAUUCCGAACUUUUCGGAAUUCUACGUGGAAUUGGAGGGAAACAACGAGGGUGUGGAGUGCCUAAGACUUUUAAACGAAAUCAUUGCUGACUUCGACGAAAUGCUAUCUGAGGAACAGUUCAAAUAUAUCGAAAAGAUCAAGAGUACAGGAGCUACCUAUAUGGCCGCGUCUGGCCUAACAGUAUCUACAAGAGACCUAAGAGGCUAUCGCCAUGUCACGGCAAUGGCUGACUAUGCCUUACGCCUUCGCGAACAACUCCAAUAUGUCAAUGAACAUUCCUUUAACAGCUUUAGAAUUCGAAUCGGAAUCAACAUUGGACCGGUUGUUGCCGGUGUGAUCGGUGCCCGCAAGCCACAGUAUGAUAUUUGGGGUAACGCUGUAAAUGUUGCAUCUCGAAUGGACUCUACUGGACUACUUGACCACAUCCAGGUGACACAAGAAGUAUAUGAUAUUCUGGCAACUCGAGGCUACCGGCUCCAUUGCCGAGGCACAAUUGACGUAAAGGGCAAGGGUAAUAUGGUGACGUACUUCCUAGACGGGAUUGGUGAGACACCUAAAGCUGGACUAACAGACAUCUAUGCUAAUCCAACGCCGUCGACCUCAGCGGCUGGCAGUGAUGGUAGCGCUAACCGUGACGAUUCUGGUGAGAGGCGUCACGAGCCGCUGGAGACACUUUCCGAAGGUCAUACUGAUGAGGAUGGUGGUCCGUCUCCACGAACAUCAAUUCCAAAAGAAAGUCAAAAUGGUUCGAUGAGUCCAAAGAUGUCGCAUGGAACUCCCACAUCUGGUGAAAGUCUCGCGAGCGCAGUUCGUGCACGCGUUUUACGCCGCCUUGAGCGGCCACACUCGUUCGCCGAUGCCCCCUCUCUUCCUGCCGCGUUGUCUUUUAUCAACACCAAGGCUUACUCGAUGGACUUUCAAGAGGAGUCUAGAAGCAGCGAGGAUAUUGAAAGGAUCCUGCACAAAGGUGGUCCUCGACGAUCUGCCAGCCUCGCUGACUUUCUUUUUAGGAAAAAGCUACCGAAGCCAAAUGUAACGUCUGCUAAUAUUAUCGAAAACCCUAUGAAUGUUACGUAA